AUGGCCACGGCCGAGAAGUGUGCUGCUGGGCAGCAAAAGGAUAUCAAGCGCCAUGUGGCCAUCCUGCUGCGACCCGGCGGUACGGAUCGCGAAGCCAAGACCCUUCCUCCGGCCUCGGUGCCUUGCUCCUUUGCGGCCUCGGUGCGCAUGGCGUGGUUGCAGCGGCUCCUACACUCCGUGGUACUGGUCCUCCUGCAGGGGGCCGCCGUUGGCCCGACAUGGUGGGCGCACAACAUGGGUCGGCCGUCUCAGACACAGCCGGUGCCUGGUGCCCUGCCUUGCAUAGGCCGGCGGUGCCGCGCCCUCUUGACGAAGCAGUUGCACGCUGCUUGGCGGGAGCCUGAAGCCUGCGUGUGGGACCCGCUGCUUCCAUGGCGCCCGUCGCUGACACCUGUCUUCCGACGUCGGCGAGGGCGGCUCCUUCGUCGCGGUCGGGCUUCGGUGCUCCGGCGGACACGUUGGCGAGGUUGGCCACAACGCGGUUGUCGCAUCGGUGAGGCUGCCCACCCAGGCCCACCGGUGCCAGGCACACCUGUUGGCGGUGAACGACCUGCCCGUGAACGAUCCCCACCGCGCCCGGCACAGCGAGUCUUUUGUCCUGUGCCGUCAUGCCCCUGCUCUGACGCCAGGCGGGCACGAGGCUGGACCAGCGUGUCCACCAUGAGAAAUCACAUCGAUGCCCAUCUCGCCGGGUCUUUGCAAGGGGACGUGCCGGUUGCCUGGAUGGACUUGCACAGCCGCACUCGCUGUUUGGUGUGUGGGCUGAGCGUCUCUCGGGCGCAUGGGGUCCACCCAACCUGCCGCCCAGCGGCCCGGGCUGCUGCGGUCGAUGGCGCUGACCCUAUGGAUACGGAUGCUUUGCCGCUCCCUUCCCUCACUGCCAUCCAGGCCGCUAAGACUGCCACACUGCGGCACGUUCCUGGCGUUGCCCGCCACAGUUGCAACCAGGUUUUCACCCGGGCUCUGAGCGCAGUCGUGCACAGCAAUGAUGACAAAGCCUGGCGAGAGUUACUGAUGCUCCCGAAGUGCGUCUUGUGUGCCCCCACCCGUGGCGGGCGGCGGCAUAGCAAAGCAGCUGGGGCCUACACUCUGGACCGGCUGCACCGAUGGCAAGAAGGAGACCGGCUUGGCCUUUGGGAAUCCCGGCCUACCCGGCGAUCAGCGAGUGGCCAGCGCCCCUCAGCAGAGCAACGGCGGGUUUUAGCAACAAGCCUGGCCAGAGAAGGAAGCCCUACGGGCGCUCCACCCGCAACAGAAGCUUUCUUCUCGCAUUUGGCAGCCGUGGUCACUUUGUUGGCGCAAGGGCGGGCGCCUGACUUCGUGGCACCUGUCUUGGCAGGGGUUUUGCUUCAACUGCACUCCAGGGUUUGGCCACCGGCCCUGGAGGACCAAGGUAGACCCAGCGCCUGGCUUCCGGCGCUGGGCUCAGGGACUCCAACCCGUGCCUGGCUUCCGGCACCGGGUUUCAACAAGCUGGUUGCUGCAUGGAUGCGGAAAUACUUUCAAAUUCACAUCGAAUCUGUUGAGUUUGCAUUGUUGAGGGGCAACCGUAGGUAUGACAUUUCUGGACCAACCGUGGAUCUGAACCAGGGAGGGUUGCAGUUCACUUUUGACUCUUUUGCUAUUGAUGCUGAACUGAUAGUUUCCCCUCCAGACUUAAGCUGGACAUCCUUUCAGCUGGGGCUGCUGGAACAGGCCCUAGGCAAAGAAAUGAUCAGUGCCGGUGGCCAGACACUGACAUUGGUUUGCCAAAGUAGCUUGGGUAGGCACGGGUUGGAGUCCCUGAGCCCAGCGCCGGAAGCCAGGCGCUGGGUCUACCUUGGCGACCCGCUGGGUCCCUUGCUGUUCGCCGCUGCCUUGCAGCCGAUAGCCAAUGACCUCCGCGGAGUUGGCUUGGACAUCGCGGUGCACUACCUCGAUGAUGGUUUCUUGGCCGGUGAUGUUUCUGCUGUGAGCCGGGCCUUGCAUCUGGUUCAAACCGAAGCAGCGGCCAUUGGCCUCGAGCUUAACCUCACCAAAAGCGAGCUGGUUGCCGUUGGCCGGGUUGACGCUGGCGCCUUGCACUGCCAUUUUCCUGAUGCUCUCCUUCGGGACACUGCCACCGGUUCCUCCAGGGUGUGCCGCAACUUUGAAUUCCUUGGUGCAGCCAUUGGGGACGACGCCUUCACCCGUGCGCACACUGCCGACCGGGCGGCCAAGGCGGGGGACCUACUCGAUGCUCUGGGGGAGCUGGAGGAUCCCCAGGUGGCAUUGCGGCUUCUGCGUAGCUGUGCUGGAUUCGCUCGCUUGCUGCAUAGCAUGCGGUGCAACCCGCCCUCCCCGCAAACUAUGGCUCUGGACAUGUUUGACGGCAUGAUCCGCAGAUGCUUUGGCGACUUUACAGGGCUCCACCUUACGACGCUCCAGUGGAAACAGGCAUCCUUGGGCUUUGCGCACGCUGGACUUGGCUUGCGCUCCACGUCCGACCAUGCCCCAGCGGCCUAUCUGGCUUCAUGGGCGUCAACGUUGCGCUCGGCCAGUGACAUUGAUGCAAGUUUCUGCAUGGAAGAGAGCAAGGCAAGCCCUGCUGUUGCUGCGGCUUUGGCAGCCUUCAACGCCCAGGUUGGCCCCGCCCGGGCCAUCACCAUUGACACCGCCAUUGCCAGCAAACAACAGACUUUGUCCCACGCUGCCGGGUGGGAAGAGCAGCUGGCCAAUGCUUCCUUGACUGGUCGGGCGACUCUCCUUUCAGAAGCGUCCGUGGGGGGCAGGGCGUUUCUCAGUGCUGUCCCAUCCGGCCGAACCCAAAUGGAGCCAGCGGUUUUUGUGACUGAAGUUCGAGCUCGCCUGAGGGUUGCUGACGCGGACAAUGAUGCGUGGUGCCCACUUUGCGAUGCCGUGCUGGACUGCCACAGCUACCAUGCCGAAAUGUGCGCUGCUGGGGGAGAGAGGACGCAGCGACACCACGCUGUUCGGGACUUGGUCUACGAUUGGUGCAAGCGUGGGGGCCUGCGCCCAGAGCGGGAGCGACCCGGCUUGCUCUUGCCGACUACUCCAGAGGACGUGACCAACAAUACUUCUGGGCGUCGCCCUGCGGAUGUCUACCUGCCCGCCUUCGCAGGGACUCCUACUGCCUUUGAUUUCGCCAUCACGGCGCCGCAGCGGCAGGCAGGCGCGGCUGCAGAAGCCUAUGCCCGCCACAAAGAACUUCAUCUUCAGACGUCUGCAGCUUGUGAGGCUCAGGGGGUGAAAUUCGUUCCAAUGGUUGCUGAGUGUAGCGGCGCUUGGGAUGCCGGGGCCGUGAAGAUUUUGCACCAUGUGGCACGUGCGGUUGCCACCCGCACUGGCGAAGAUUCGGCCUCAUGCACCAGCCUCUUGCUCCAACAGCUCGGUGUCACCAUUCGGUCGUACCGGGCUCGAGCGGCGUUGCGGCACCGCGGUGCUGACUUUACUUUUGAUGCUGUCUUCGAUGAGAACAUGUCACAGCAGCAGCUCCAUUGCAGCGUCAUGGCCCUCCGUACCUUGUCCUUCUUGGUCUUGGUUGUGGUUGGCCUUGCCGACAAGGCGCCCGUGCCUGCAAAGAAACCUGUGCAGCCCAUGGGUGUCAACGAAACGCAGUCGACAUGGAACAACUUCGUGUACUGCAAAUGUGGCCUCUCAUGUGCGCAGCAAAUGGGAUCUUGGUACAUCUUCAACAUUGGUCAAUCGUGCGCAUGCCAGAUCUGCCCUGACACCAAUGCGACUGCAAACCUACGAGGAAGUGACGUCACCAAUGCGCCGCUUGACGCCGAUCAGCAUGAAGCAAAGACCAAUGUCCAAGAGGGCGCAAAAAGCCUUAGGAGUUCCCUGCCAGGAAGUGAGGAUACCUGGGACAGUGCACAUGUUGCAGGUACCAACCUCCUCUAUUGCCCCUGUGGAAAGCGUUGCCUUAGUGGUCGCCAGUUGGGCCUCUGGAACUACUGGUGCUUCCAAUAUGGUUGCGACACAUGCUGAGUGUGGCGCUCCAGGCGCUUUCCAAUGUACAGCAGCCCUGGCUGGUUGAGCGGCCUCUUGGCUUGCUUGUUUCAAAGAGCCGCACAGUUUGAAAGUCGGAGCCUAAGUUCCGACAUGGUCGUGGCUCAAAAUUGUUGACUCCAGAGACUGGAAUCUUUGGUAUCCGAAAAAAAAUGCUGGGUUAUUUUGAGCCAUGCCCAGAUUAUAUGGGAAGCCAAUGGUGCACAGAAUGUAGAGAAUCAAACCAUGUGGCUUUCCAUUGUCCGAGCUGGCAGCAACAGCAAUUGUGUAGUUUGAACGCACUUAAGGUACUGCCCUCCAACAGCCUGUUCUUGACAUCCCACAGCAGCCCGACUGCCACCGGCAGCAGCUGCAGGAAUAGGUGAGAUG